GCUUCACUGCAGUGUAGAGGAGGGCAGGACGGCUGUUUUUAGUACGAUGCUCUGAAGGAUGGUGCACCAGGAGAAACGCGUUUACCAGGCCCAGAGGAAUGAGAGAGAGUCCAUCAGGCAGAAACUUGCCCUUGGCAGUUUCUAUGACGACGAGCCCGUCAUCUACACCAGCUGCAGCAAGAACGGCCCGUCCUCCCGGCUGCAGAGUGGGGUGAACCUGCAGGUGUGUUUUGUUAACGACAGCAGCAGUGACAAAGACAGCGAUGCUGAGGACAGCAGGACAGAGACCAGUCUGGACACACCGCUGUCCCCUGUGAGCAAGCAGAGCUCGUCGUUAUCGGACCGGGACACUGCGGAAGAGGACUCGGAUCCAUUAGAUGACUGCGGAGGGUUUUGGCGGGUGCAGCGAAGGCUGCAGGAGGAGGCCCGGGUGGCGCUGGCUCUGGCUCGACCUAUGGCCCGAAUGCAGGUGGAGGUGGAGAGACAAAUCCAACUGCACAGACGAUCCCCUGUGGCUGACCUGCUUCCACAUCUGCCCCACAUCAGCGAAGGCUUAAUGAAGAGGAAUCUGAGGCAAGGAGACAUGAGAGACAUGAGUCUGGGACAGCUGCAAGUCAUCACAAAUGACUUACACUCACAGAUUCAGAGUCUAAAUGAGGAGCUGGUGCAGCUGCUGCUGAUGAGGGAUGAGCUGCAUGUGGAGCAGGACGCCAUGCUCGUGGACAUAGAGGACCUCACCAGGCAUGCACACAGCCAUCAGCGGCACCAGGCAGAGAAGGCAAUGUCUAAAUAAACCCUCCUCCUUCCCCGACACGUCCACGUGUGUUUCUGUCUGCACGCCGUCCAAACUCCCACGAACUGUAACCAGUGUCGCUAACGAAACUCCAUCCGUGCCGACUUGUUUCCGGAGAAAUAAACACAGCGUCUAGUAUUAACUCGCACAUUAUAUGUUGCAUCACAGAUUUCAGCGUGGACACGGCUGAGCUUGUGCAGGCUUUUCACUUCCUCUCUGUAUGAUUUAUGUCAUGCUUCAUAGUAUUAGGGGGAAUCCUCUUGACUUAAUUUCAUUCACGCACACUCAUUUAUGUUCAGGCUGGGUUGGAGAGAGCACCAGCACGCCUUGUUUUCUCCUUUUGUAUCAGAAAAAAAGGGUUGAAGACCUCUAUAAAAAUGAGCCACACCUGAAUGGAAAUCAAUCAAUUAUCCUUUUUGUUUGUCUCUAUAAUAUCAAGAGGGUUGCUCGGUUCACCUGUGUAUCAUUGAUUCCACUAAGAGCACUGUGUCUUUGUUGGUGUUCACUAUCACACAUCUAAUAUCUGGGCUGUUGCAAUAGUAAAUGACUUAGAAAAAAGAUGCUGCAGCAGCUUCACAGAAAUCACAAGAAAUAAUCAUUUAGACACAGAAUUGGAUAUAAGUAUGUAGCUGCUACAGUUUCCACCUGCUUUAAAGAUAUAUUUAGAGAUUUACUGGACAGCAUUUUGAGCUUUAUUAAGGCGGAUUUGUGUUUGUCAAGUGCGUUACAAUACACCAAAUGAUGGAAGUUCAGACUUAUUAAAGACGGAUGAAGGCUGGAGGCAUGGAGGCGGCCUCUUAAUAAGAAUAUGCAAGGUCAUUUUUUGUUAAGCUUAAUUUACUAACGUGGAAAAAAUAGGAAAUGUAACACAAAUAUAUCAGUAAAUCACAGCCUAAGCGUAUAUCUAUUUUAUCCGUUUAAAAGGUUUAUGGAGAUGCCGUACGUAAAACGCUAAGAUACUUUAUUAAAAAGGGUGAGGAAUAUGCCUUGUUAUGUUUCAGUGUUUUCACUCACAGCUUUUUAAGAAUGUUAUUUAACACAGAGUUUGUUUUUCUAUUGGUUUGCUUUGUUGAUAAAUGUACUGUAAAAUGAUUGUAAAAACAAAAAAAGACAAAAAUAAUAAAUGUUUCAAGUGUA